CUGGCUGCGAUGCGCGCGGGUUGCAGCGGCCGCGCGGACUCCUCAAGCCUCCAGCGGCGCCAGAUCGCAUCGCUUCCGGUCUGCGCGAUAACAUCCGCUGCUCCAAGGACGGCGGAUCGCUAAUCUAGUCAUCCCGCGAGGACAUCUGCCCAAACUGCCACGCCCUCCCGUGUUUCAGUGCGACUAUCUCUGGUGACUGUGAUUGCUUCAAGCGAACCAAGAAAAGUUUUUUUUUUUUUUUUUUUUUUUUCGAAGAACGUAAUCGAACGAACGAAAACAGAAGACAAAAAUAUAUUUUGCGUGUUCGUGGAAGAGCGUUUUUUUUUGGCCCUCAGGGUCUUUGCGAAAUGCGACGUUAUCUGAAGAAUUAAUUAACAGGGCUGCCAACAUGCGGCGACGCGCCAGGCCCCCGCACCGCCGCUGAGGCGACGCCGACGCCAUGGACAUGACGGCGAGCGACGGAGCGCACCACCACCACCGCUGGUACGAGGCGCCGCGCCAGCCUGCCAUGGACGCCGCCCCUCCCGCCGCCGACGACCACAUGUCCUUCUUCCACGGCGGCCUGGAGGCGGCGCCCGGGGGCGGCCUCAACCACCGCGCCGCCGCCGCCCGCUACUACCACCAGCAGAUGUCGCACUCGCAGUACGUCGCGUCGGCCGCCUCGCACGCAGCGGCGGCGGCGGCGCGCAUGUCCGGCGGCCAGGUGUGCCGCCCCCACUUCCACACGCCGCUGCACCCCUGGCUGUCCGACACCUCCAAGCCGGUGGUGGCGCACGGCUCGGCGUGGUGCAGCCCCUUCGGGCCGGCCGGCGGCGGCGGCUCGCAGGCCGACGAGAAGCCGCCCACCCCGGGGGCGGCGCAGCAGCACCCGGCGCACCACCACCUCUUCAGCUUCCCGCCGACGCCGCCCAAGGACGCGACGCCCGACUCGCUGACGAGCGGCGCCGCCGCCUCGGCGCAGCAGCAGAGCGAGUACCAGAGCGCGGCGGCGGCGGUGGCGCACGCGGCGGCCAUGGGGGUCGCCUUCAUGCAGCAGCAGCAGGGGGACGGCGCGGCGCUCGGCUCGCCCGGCAUGGACGUCAAGCCGGGCGUCAACAUGCUCAACUCGCUGGCCUCCGGGGGCGGCUGCAACCCCGCGGGCGGCAAGCAGAGAGAAGGUACGGGCGCCUCGUCGGCGGCGUCUAGCUGCGGCGCGUUCGCGGCGGCGGACUCUCCGGGGGCGGGCGACUGCGCGUCCCCGCGGGAGCACUACCCGCCGCCGGGGGCGCCGCCCUACCCCCACCACCACCACGACGCCGCCCCCGCGCCCGCCCCCGCGCCCUACGGCGCCUACGGCCACGCGCACAUGUCUCACGCGUACCACGCGCACGGCGCCAUGUUCGGGCCGAAACUCGCGAGCCAGCCGCCCCCCACCCCCGCCGUCUCCAAGGCCUCCAGAACCAAAGCCAGGUCGAGCGCCGAGGGCCGCGAGUGCGUCAACUGCGGCGCCACUUCGACGCCCCUGUGGCGUCGCGACGGCACGGGACACUACCUCUGCAACGCCUGCGGCCUCUACUACAAGAUGAACGGCCAGAACCGGCCCCUCAUCAAGCCCAAGCGACGGCUGCCCGGCGUGAGGGAGCGAAGAGAGAGCGAGAACCGCGCGGAGUCGCGAGCGUACAUCAUCGCGCGGCUCAUGAGCUGUCGGUUGGAGGGGGGAGAGGGGGAGGUGUCCUCGCCGGGGAUGGACCUGGGUCCCUGCGCCGUCAGUAGCUACCACGAUAUCUGCCCCCAGGUCCUCAAGCGUCAUCGAGUCAUCGAGAUGUUCCUCGCAUCCCUCAGCAGUGGCUUUCUCCUCGGAACACCAGAGGGCCGGGGGUUGCAACGUCGGCACGGGCUGCAGGCAGCUGCGGUGUGUCGCUGCCAGACCCACCGCCUCCACGCCUCGAACCUGCCGGCGGCGGUGGUCCCGGGCCCGGGUCCAACCGGGCCAAACGGCCGGCUGACGGGCGACAAACCAGCGCCCCCCGCGCGCCACCUGCGCCGAGUCGGCCCCGAGGUAGGCAGCAGGUGGUCGCGGCGCGCGUCGCGGGCUGCCUACCUGCCGGGCGGGGAGAAGCCCGGUGGCCACUGA